AUGUCCCCCGUACCAGCAGCCAUUCUCCAAGCUCUAUCACUUUCAUCCGACCCAUCAAAAGUCAGCCUCUCCGGUCUAGGCUCGGGCUUCACGAACACAGGCGUCAUCCGCGCCGAAGUGACCAACGAAAAUGGAAAGGAAGAAGAACGACAAUAUUUUGUAAAAACCUCCUCAGACGGCAAAUCCGCCGAAGAGAUGUUGCGCGGCGAAUACGAGUCUCUCAAUGCGAUCGCGAGCGCCGUACCAGGAUUCUGUCCUCGCGCACUAGCCUGGGGCCCCAUGGAAGAAAGCAGCAAAUCCAAGACCUUCUUUCUUGUGACCGAAUACCUCGACCUUGGGGGCAGGACGCGACGCAGUUCUAGCGGCGAAAUGAAUCCCACGACGUUGGCAUACCGGCUCGGUAGACUACAUACCAUGGCUGCGCCUCCAGAUCCGAAGACGGGAGAAGUCCUUUUCGGAUUCCAUGUUCCCACGUUCUGUGGUGAUACAAAGCAGCCGAAUAAGCCGCAUAGAAGCUGGGCUGAUUUCUAUGCGCAUGAGCGACUUCUCACCAUUCUCGCUACUUCUGAGCAGCGAAAUGGCCGGGAUAAGGAGCUUCGGGAGCUUGUUGAGAAAACCGCGUAUACCGUUGUGCCCCGUCUACUAGGUGAUGGACAUUUGGGAUAUUCCAACGGCCAAGGCGAGGGUAUCGUGCCUGUUGUUGUGCAUGGGGAUCUAUGGAGUGGGAAUGCAGAUCGUGGCCGUAUUUGGGCCAAUGGUGGGGAUGAUCAGGUCGGGGAUGUGAUUUAUGAUCCUUGUGUGUGUUAUGGACAUAAUGAGUAUGAGCUUGGGAUUAUGCAUAUGUUUGGUGGGUUUGGGACUCGGUUCUUUGAUCAAUAUCAUCGGGUUGUGCCGAAGACUGCGCCGGUGGAGGAAUAUGAUGACCGAGUGCGGUUGUAUGAGCUGUAUCAUCAUUUGAACCAUCAUGCGAUAUUUGGGGGUGGGUAUCGUUCGGGUGCAGUAUCAAUGAUGCAAAAGCUGAUCCGGAAGUAUGGAGAAGAUAAGGGUGAAGGUGAAAGUAGUGACGAGAGCUCAUAG